AUGGGUUAUAGACACAACAACGUCCUCCACAACAACCAUUUCCAUAAGGACUGGCAGCGCCGCGUCCGCACAUGGUUUGACCAGCCCGGCAGCAAACUCCGCCGUCGCCGCGCUCGUCAGACGAAGGCAACAUCUCUCGGCGUGCGCCCUCUGAAGCCGCUUCGUCCCGCCGUCCGGGGCCAAACCGUACGAUACAACACUAAAAUCCGUGAGGGCCGUGGAUUCACCCUGGCAGAGCUCAAGGAAGCUGGUAUUGGCAAGAAGCAGGCACGCGGUAUCGGAAUUAUCGUCGACCACCGCAGGCGAAACCUUAGUGAGGAGGGCAAGAAGCUGAACGUCGAAAGACUCAAGGCAUACAAGUCCAAGCUUAUUAUCUUCCCCCGUAAGGCUGGUAAGCCCAAGAAGGGCGACUCGACUGGUGACGACCUUACUGCUCCAACCACCCGCCAACCAUUACCUCUUGUACCUGCAGUUGAGCACGAGGCUCCUCGUAAAAUUACUCAGGAAGAGCGUGACUUCGAGGCGUACCGUGUCCUUCGUGAUCUUCGCGCUGAAGCGCGGUACGAGGGCAGGCGCAAGAUCCGCCAAGCUAAGAAAGAGGAGGAAGAGGCGAACAAGAAGAAGUAA